CAGACUGAAGCCGGUUAAUCGGGACGCAGCUGGUAUUAUAGCGACAUGGAGGCCGAUCAGCUGCGCAAUCUGCGGGAUUUCCUGCUGGUUUAUAAUAAGAUGACCGAGAUCUGCUUCACCCGGUGCGCGCGGAACCUGAACUACCGCGUGAUGACGAUGGACGAGGAACGAUGUCUGGAUAACUGCGCCUCCAAACUCAUUCGCUCCAACCACCGGCUGAUGGCAGCAUAUGUGGGGUUAAUGCCCAGCGUGGUGCAGCGCAGGAUGGCUGAACUCGAAAAUCAAAGCAAGGAAGUGGCCCCCAGUGGCCCCCAGGAGGCUCUCCUGCCCCCUUCAGAUACCUCCAGCCCCGGGGCCACACAGGUCGCCGCUCCCCCUGUAGAUCUAGCAGCCAAGCUUAACCCUGACAGUUUGUCCGCAGAAGCAGUGACCCCCAACCUGUGGACAGUGACUCCUGAUCAUGGCGGGACCCCCUCUGUGGACAGUGACCCCUGA